AUGCAAGUCCAAAUUCCUGAAUCCAUUCGAGAGCCGAUGGCACAUCUGCCGAAGCUUAGGCGAGCCAAGCGCCAGUUAUUUGGAAUAAUGCUCGUUCUAGGGUUUAUCUUUUCUCUGCAUCUCACGUGGAGCUACUGGGCUUCCAACCGAGUUUCCACAAACAAGGUCAUCAAAGCACUAGAAAACGGACUACCGGGCUUACAAUCAAGUGAAGAUUUCUCCCUUGACAGAGCAUGCAGUGAAUACUUUGCACUGCUUUACAAGAAAAACAAAAAUUGGUCGAUUCAGGACAUUGCGAAUCAUGGCUCCUCCAAGGCAUCGGUGAUAGAUUCUACUCGUCAUUUGCGAAUUUUCGGCCACUGUUUCCUGAGGAACUCAGCUGCAACUAGCGAUCUUGAUCUUGGGGACAUCGAGCACAGAUUGUUCCCGCAGUUUACUGGGUUGCAUCCCACUUUUACCAGAUGGGACGGACUUACUUUGGAAAGCUUUCCUAAUUUCGAGACGCCAAGUUCGGGUUCUUCCAUUGAAGGAAGUCCCUUGUUUCCUGCAAGUUCAUUUUGGAAAAGUACGCAGCGUUCUUACAAUGGCCGUGGCAUUGUUGUCAGCCUGGGUGAAUCUGGAGUGGACGACGCCAAGAGGCUUUUGAGAGCUCUGAGAGCAGUUAAUAACACGCUUCCCAUUCAAUUUGUACACAAAGGUGACAUCUCAGACUCUACAGUUACGGCUCUAAUAGAAGCUGGAAGGAACGCGAUGCCUUUUUUACAAGCUUCUCACAAUGGAAACUCCGGAAAUCCACAGGACAUCUGGUUCGUCAAUGCUCGUCAAGCGCUAGAACCGAACAGUGUCGAUCUAUUUCAGCGAUUUUCAAACAAAUGGAUUGCGUCCUUGUUCAAUUCAUUCGACGAAAUGAUUUUGAUGGAUGCAGAUUCAGUCCCAUUCGUCGAUCCUCGAACAUUAUUUGAUGCUGCAGGCUAUCAAGAGACAGGUGCGUUUUUCUUCAAAGAUAGACUGAUAAACGAGCGUGUGAAGGGUCGCGAGAUCGAGUUUUACCGGCAAUUGCUGCCUUCCAGGGGCGAAGGCCGUGUCUUUGGCAUAAGGGAGGUCACCAAUUACACUCUGGGCAAUCCUUUUUUUAGUUCUCGAUACCGCCACUUAAUGGAAAGCGGUGUAGUACUGUUAGAGAAGAAAACCCAUAUGACCGGCUUGUUGAUAUCUAGCGUCUUGCAAUUAUGGAAAGUUUCAAGCGAGCCAGUUUGGGGAGACAAAGAGCUGUUUUGGCUUGGCCAAUCCAUUUCUGGCAAUGAGAACUAUCGUUUUAACUCGAAUUUUGGAGGAGCGGUAGGAACUCUAAAUGAGGGAACGAUUAACUCUUGCAACUAUUUGUGCGCUACUCAGCUGGCUCAUUUCAGCGAUAACAAGCAACUGUUAUGGCUAAACGGCGGAUUCAGAAGGUGUAAGAAGAUGACAUGGACCCAAGAUUAUAAGAAAAUAAAGUCACUACAGAAAAGUUUUAACUCCGAAGCAGAUCUGCAAACCUUUUAUCUCUCGCCCGUGACAAUCGACGGUGCCGUAAUUCCGACUCGUGUUCGGUCUUCAUUCUUUGGUCUCAAAUCUUCUAAGGGCGGAUUUAAGAAGGAAAAAAGCUGUAGCGGGUAUUUAUGGUGCGGCUAUGAUGAUCUUGCUGAAACCGAGGGUACUUCUUUUCGAUUCUCUGAUGAAGAAUUGGAGAACAUCAAGUUGAUUGAACAAGCUUGGUCAUACGACUGA